AUGGGUAUUCUUACAGUAGCUGAGUGUCGAGAGCGUUUUGAGGCAUUUGCUCAGUCUCAAUCCCAAGCACGAUCCGAUCAGAGGUACCAAAGUGGUAAUUCACAUACCACUACUAGUGCACCCGCCCAUGGGGUGAACCAUGUCACCAUGGACCCUAGUUUAGCCUCUAUUUUGGAAAACAUCACUCGAGAGCUUAAGGAGAUUAGAGCUAAGGUUGAUAAGUGUGAGUUUUGUCGAGGUGGUCACGACACGAGUGCAUGUCCUUUACUAGUUGGUGAGGAGCAAUGUGAUUAUUUAGGAGGAGGGUUUGGUAGAGGUCAGACUAGCGGUUUUGGUAACAAUAAUCUUGGCUCGGGUUGGCGAAAUAAUAAUAAUAAUUUUAAUAAUAAUAACAAUUUUCGCUCAAAUGGACCUCCUGGUUUUCAAAUAGCUCAAAAUCCAAAUAGAGGUCUAGGUUCGCUUUUCAGUGGGGGCUUAAAUGGGCAAGUCAAGGAUGGGGGGGGGUCAAAUAAUCAGGUUCAAACAGGUCAAGGUUCAAGUUUCGAUUUAGGGGGUAGCAUGGAAAUAAUGGAGUCCAUGAUGAGUCAACUAAUUGUUAUGGAUCAAAAUACCCAAAAGAAACUUAGUGAACAUGAUCUUAUGCUUAAGAAUCACCAAGCUGCGGUCCAAGACCUUUCUAGGGUUGUAAGUGAUAUGUCUAGGAAGUUAGAUGAAAGAUUACCCGGUCAGUUUGCAGCCAACACCCAACCUAACCCGAACGCUCAUGUAAAAGCCAUUACCACUCGUAGUGGCAGAACCGUAGGGAACCCGAGCAUAGAAGAGAGAGAGGUCGAUGAGGAUGGAGACAUUAUAGAUGAAGUGAUAGAGAUGGAGGCUCCCGGCAAAGUGCAAAAGAGGUUAAGCCCAGCAAGUACCGCACAGCCCGGUGAGUCUCAAAGUGAGAAGAAAGUUGAGAAAACGCCCAUAGACGUUAGUCCUUCACCCUAUGUGAAUCAUGCGUAUGUUCCGUUUCCCUCACGUCUUAAGAAUCAAAAAUACUCGAGGGAAUACGGGCAGUUCUUAGAUAUCUUCAAGCAAUUGAAGAUUAAUCUCCCGUUUAUAGAGGCACUCCAGUCCAUGCCAAAAUAUGCAAAAUUCUUGAAGGACCUUCUUAAGAACAAAGAGAAAUUAGGUGAGUUGUCUAAUGUCCCAUUGCAUGGAGGGUGUUCGGCCAUCGUUUCAAAUAAGUUACCCGAAAAGCUUACCGAUCCCGGUGUGUUCACUAUUCCUUGUCUAUUCGGUAGUCACACGAACACUAGAGCCUUAGCCGACCUAGGUGCUAGCAUUAAUUUGAUGCCCUUUUCUCUCUAUGAGAAGCUAGACUUAGGCGAGCUUUCACCUACUCGAAUGACAUUGUCCUUAGCUGAUAGGUCCGUGAAACACCCGAGGGGAAUAGUGGAGAAUUUGCUUGUUAAGGUGGACAAGUUUGUUUUUCCGGCCGAUUUCGUUAUUCUAGACAUGGAAGCCGAUGAAAACAUACCGUUAAUUUUAGGUCGCCCAUUCUUAAAUACCGCUAAAGCUCUAAUAGAUGUCUCUUUAGGCACCAUCACACUUAGAGCGGGCGAGGAAUCAAUAGUUUUUGAGGUUAUGAGUUCGAAAGGGCAUACUGACAGAGUGCGUUCGGUUUCGUUAGUGGGGGAGUGUGAGAAAGAUGAGAGAGAUUAG